UUGUAAGAAACGACGUUAGAUUCUUUUAUUACUUCUUUAACAUAAAGAGAGUAUGUCGAACAGCUAGCUGCAAUUGGGCAUGAGUAUCGUAUAAAAUUUUAUUCAAACAGAAGAUUAUUAUUCUAAUUAAACUACUAACUCGAUUUUGAAAUUUUAGCUAAGUCAUAGCUAAGAACGUAUUAUUAAAAAUAAAUCAAAUUUCUGCACGAAAUGAUUGUUAUUCGUUCCUUCUUUUAAUAAAAUUAUAUUAUUUUAAUAGCAGGUUUAUUAAUGUGAGGAAAAGUUGACAUUUCCUUUCGGGGAAAACAAUCGAAUUUCAUAGGCUAGAUCUAAACAGCAACCCUGCUUGCUCACUUCAUUUGUAUUUUGUGAUUUUGUGACUUGGUCAAUGAGUUAGAGACGUGACGGUAGCGUUUGUAGUGAUAUUCUAACAAUAUUAAUGAAUUUGCAUACACAAUUACAAAAAAAAAUGAAAAUAUAAAAUCUAGGAUUAUAAUUCAUAAACAAGCCUUGCAGCUUUUGUAAAAGUUAACUAAAAAUUUUCACCAUCACAGCCGCUUGUCCCGGGUUAUUGACGUUUAGGUCUUUGAUAGAAAUUUACCUUCCGAAAGCUGUUUGUGUAUGCUGAUUGUGGGCGUGCGUGCAAGUAGGUGGUGAAAAGUAAGAUAACACCAUACACCGUGAAAAGUGAAAUUGUGGCAAAUUAGUUUGAUAUGUAUUACAAAUUGGUAUUGAUGUGGCAAACCGGAUUGCGCCCAGUAAGAGAAAACGUGACGCUCGGUUAAGAUGGAAGAACGCGGGCAGAGAACGGACGACCCAAUCACGGCCUUCGCUGAGUUGAACGCGACGCUUGGUAAAUCAAAUGACCAUCCACUUAUCGGAUCGGAUUGAAACGGGCGUACCCGGCUAGCAUGGAGGAGAGCAAGAAGAAACAUUCGGGCACGAAAGUUUCUAAAAUUGCGAAUAUUUUCCAAGGAAUGCCGUCAAGAGAAGACGACGAUAUGCGCGGUAGCGAUGUGACAGUCGUGAGGACGGAGAGCCAUUUGGCGCGUUUCAAUAACGCUCGAGCGCUAUUCGAAAAAUUGGGAGAAGAGAAUCGUGGAUUUCGUAUUGAGAAAUCUCCUUCAGCUGCAGCUAGCUUUGCUGGUACGCGUGGUGGUCCGCCUGUGGCACCAUCUCGAUCGCGAUCCAGUUCCGCUGGUUCGGUGAGUCCACCGCGCCGAAUAGUAACACCAACGCCUACUGCUGCGAAUGCAGUUAAUGGUGAUAGACUUGCCAAUGGUGCAUCACAAGCUCCUCCGAAACCUGCAAAACCCAGUGUUUUACCCAAACCAGAGAAGCCAGAUAGAAAAUUCAAUAAGGAAUUGAUUGAAAAACAAAGAAAUUGGACUGCACAUUUCAACAAAUCAAAGCAGAAUCGGAAUGAAAUUGAAACUAAAUUAGACUACAAAUAUACAAGUGGUAUUCAAGAAAGAAAGUCACCGGAAGCGUCUGAACGAUGUGCGAUUCCGUCGCGUGUGUAUUCACCCCCACUUUCGCCUUGUGCUGGCAACUCACAACUCGAACGUCCAACGACCCUUCCUUCAUCACUCAUCAAUCGCGCCGUUCCUGUUACAAAGUCUCCGAGCCCUGUCAAAAAUAUUAUAGCUUCACCAUCGCCCAGAUCGAAUAACAUUUUGGUAUCGCCUGUUUUAAGAACCGAUAAUAUCAUUUCACCGCCUGUGCGAAGUGACAAUAUUUUCCAUAAACACAAAACAAACAUAAACGCACAGCAGAUGGACUUGACAGAAAAUAUUUAUCCUAAAAGAAACUCUUCAGUAUCACCACAAAGAGAAGCUGGUUUUGUAGCACCGCCAGGAGCAGAACGAUUGCAGUCCCCGAAAGCGGUUGACCGGACAUCUCCUGUAUUGGAUGCGGUGGUGGCAACACAAAGCAAUCAAAAAUCUCCAUCACCAUCGGCUAGAACAUUAAAGAACCCUGUUUGUUCUCACGAACAAAUUAACGUAAAUACUUCCGAACCUGAUCGAUCUUUGUCACCAUUAUCUGAUCGUGCAAUACAACCACCAGAAUAUCCUAUGGACGUAGUACCACCAGAUUCUUGUACGAAGUCUAAUGAUUCUUCACCGCAGCUACCUCAUGACAAAUUGGAAGAAAACAAUUCUCUGCCCGUAAAAAAGGGUAUUGAAACUGAUUUGACAGCUUCUCAGCUGUCAUUGGAUAGUGAGUACAGAUUGGAGAAAGAUUUAUGUUCCGAACAAUAUGAAGAUGAUGAUGAUGAGAAAGCAAAACGGCGUUCUUCAACUCCUGAAUCUCCAGCGUGCGAGAAGAAGGAAGAUGUGCUAAAUUUUCCUGUGGCAUCACCACUUGCGUCUCCUGUUCAUCACAAUCUGAACCUAUCGCCGCCGUCCUCGCUACAUCCAUCAGUGGGCGGUGGACGUAAGUCGUCGGAAACUGAAGAGACUCCACCGAGACGCGGCGGCUCGCGCGCUUCGAGCGUCUCUGACGAGGGCGGGUUCAACGAGCCCUCGCCGGAGGUGGUGGCGCGAUUGAAGCCAGCCGACUACCGCGAUACUGCCGCCUCGCUCACCGCCGACCAACGGGAUGACGAGCGUGCGCGCUCUGAUGCAGAUACGCUUUCAGUGUUGCAACAGGACUCCGGUGUGGUUGUGAGCGAGGCGAGCCAAGGCUCUAUAGAGGUGCUCGACAAGUCGACCACCAGCCAAUGGAGCGUGUCCGAGGCCGAGAACGGCGAGGCGUCGCGCGACGUGCAAGACGCGCGCUGGGACGACGCCGACACCAAGCAACCCGACAGCAUGACGCCCGACGAAGCCGAAAUACUGCUCAGCAGCAGUAUUCUGGAGAAAAAACUUAGACAAGAAGCUCUACUGUCGGAUGAACAGGCGCAAGAGAUAGUGGCGAUGCUGUCGCACGACAACGGCGUCUCGCUCAACGACAGCUACCAGUCCGUGCUCUCUUACGAGAGUAUGCAGUCCGUGGAUGAGAGCUACGAAUUCGUUUCACUAGAAGCGGACAAUGGAAUGGCCGGUGGCGACAGGAAGCUGCCCUCCGAGCAUGUUAGCGAGCAUGUCAUCGAACAUGUCGCCGAAUCUGUCGCGGAGCCUGUUGGCGAACCGGAUUCAGUGUUUGAUUGCUACCCGCCGCAGCACCUGCGUGAGCUCGGCGAAGAGAACGGAAUACAUUAUUUCGAAGAUGGUCAUUUUUAUACAGAAGUUGCCGGCUUACCUCCAGAGGAGGAAGAAGAGGACGAUUAUUACCCACCAGUAUUUGUUAAAAAAAGUUCUAAAGUUAAAUUCAGCACGAAUCCGAUGCGCGUGUUCUCGACCCACUCCGUGAGGGAGUACGACCGCCGCAACGAGGACGUGGACCCGGUGGCCGCCUCCGCCGAGUACGAGCUCGAGAAGCGCGUCGAGAAGAUGCACGUGUUCCCCGUCGACCUCGUCAAGGGCGCCGACGGACUCGGCCUCUCCAUCAUAGGUAUGGGUGUAGGAGCGGACGCCGGCUUAGAGAAAUUAGGUAUAUUCGUGAAGACGAUCACCGACAGCGGAGCCGCGGCCAGAGACGGCCGGAUACAAGUCAACGAUCAAAUUAUAGAAGUGGACGGCAAAAGCUUGGUUGGGGUGACGCAAGCCUACGCGGCAUCGGUGCUAAGGAAUACGUCGGGACCUGUGAAGUUCCUUAUAGGAAGAGAAAAAGAUCCAGAAAAUAGUGAAGUAGCACAUCUGAUACGACAGUCGCUGGCCGCCGAUAAAGAAAGGGAGGAAAGAGCGACUCGUGAACGUCAACGACGGCAGCAAGCUGAAGAGGAAGAGCCCAGUCAGCCUCCCGGCGCUGACGCCGCGCAUUCAAGACAUCCAGAUAUCAAUGAGCUCAAGUCGUUUUUGCAAGAAUUGAUGGGCAUGGAGGCCGGAGGCGGUGCGAGCGAGGAGAUCAGCUCGCGGGUGCGCGAGUGGUGCUCCCAGCGCGCGCCCGACGACCACCUGCGGAGGGCGCUGGCCGCCGCCGCCGACACCGCGCGCCGGGCGCACACCAAGUACGACAAGGCGCGGCGGGCACUGCGCGAGUGGCGGCGCACGCGCGCGCUGGUCCGCGCCCGCGAGGAGUGGUGGAGCGCGGCGCUGCGGGAAGCGCACCGGGAGUACGCCGCCGCGCUCUCCGCGCUGCACGACCGCGUCGCCAGGCUCGAGGUGCUGCUGCUCGAAACCCAAAAGAAGGCUGGUCUUCCGGUUAUGUUGCCGCACGAGCCGUCGGCGCGACGAGAGACGCCGCCUCUCCCACGCAGACCUGAUCCGGAUCCUUUACUCAUCAAUAAUCCUUGGAGUUCGGAUAGUGACUUGUCGGAUCUGUCUCCUGUCGAAGACGAAUACGCUAAAGUGGAUAAGUCCGACCGGCGUCGUGAGCCGCCUGACCUCGGUGACGUCACAGCGACAUCAUGUGAUGAACUACCAGCGAACACGGCCACCGCCGAACCUGUCGUUGUUUCGUCACCUCCGAUGCCGGUCGCGUCGUCACCGCCAGCCGUGACGUCAUCCAGUGCCGUGACCUCAUCCAGUGUUACAACGUCCUCGCCAGGGAACGCAGUGACGGUGAUUCCUCCACUGCCAGUUACAGUCACGUCUUCCUCUGUUCCUACGCCAAUUCCAACGGCAACAGUAGCAGCAACGGGCGGCAGUACAGAUUCUAUGGCGCUGGACGCGGCGGUGCCCCGCGGCGCGCUGCUGGACACGUCGUGGCACCGCGCGCGCACCGACCUGGCGCGGCACCGCCACCACGCGCACUCGCCGCACUCGCAGCACUCGCUCAGCAACGCCAGCUCGUACGACGGUCUAGACGAUUCCUACAAUGAUUCUGCGGACGAGUCCCUGAGUGAGUCUACUUCGGGUGCACCGACGCACACUGGCGCUACAAGAGAAACCCGACAGAGUUGCGGCAGCUCUAUAGGGAGCGCCACGGACGACGGCGUGUACUCACGCGAACACCGGCACCACGCCUUAUCAGGACCGGCGGCGUCCCUGGCGGAGCAGCUGAAGCAAGUGCUGGCGGAGCGGGAGCGGCGCCUCGCCGUGUCCUCGCCGCCCGACCCCGUGCGACUCACCAACGAGCUCGUCGACGAGAUCCGCCAGGCCGUCAGCGAGGCCAACGCCAGAGUGAAGAAAGCUCCGGCUUGUGUAGUCGGCGGCGAGGUGCCGUGGCAGCCGCUGUCCAGCGCCGUCUCCGAGUCCAGCCUCGUGCCGCCGCCGCAACAACACGCCGUCAACCUGUGGACCAAACAACAGGUGUGGCACUGGGUGUCAGGGCUGGGGGAGGGGUUGGAGCGUCACGCUGGCGCGUUCGCCGCCCGCGGCGUGGACGGCGCCUUACUACUGGCGCUCAGCUCCGCCGACCUCAAGCUGCUGGGCCUGCCCGGGGACGAGCGGCGCCGCAUGAAACGACGACUCAAAGAACUACGAGCCGCGCACGAGAAGCACCUCAAGGCGCUCAAGAAGGCCGAGAAAAAGGCCAAGAAGAAGUAGCUUCACCGCUCGUCUGCCAAAGAAACGCCCGGUUCGCGCCACUCUUGCGGGACGAUGUACCUUUUGUUAAGUUCCUCGCCCCGAUUUCUAUUUCCUUGUCUGUUGGUAAUGCACAAAUUGUUUUGCCUAGUUUCUUAUUACUUUGUUUGUCGCAAUCGGGCACAAUACGAACUGUACCUGUUUGUAAAUUUAACGUUAUUUUUACAGUAAACUAUAAAAAUGUACGCGCUACUACCAUUUCGGAAUACUCUGUUUUGACUUCGGGACUCAAUACUAUUUUCUUAUUAUGUAACGCUGUUUCUUGCCUUGUUCUAAAUUUCUUCAUAUACAUUGAAUUGAGUACCGAAAGUAGGUAUAUUGAGUUCAAAAGUAUUUAGAAAAUAAAUACACCUGUAAAGUGUUCACCUGCGAACCUCGACCGCGACGACGCCCGACGGUAGGCUUGAGCUGUGUCUGAUAGCGUACGAGUGCCAUCUGACCCAUAGCUUAGAGUUUAGUGACUUUAGUCCAGCUUCAAACGAAACAAAACGAAACGUAUUUAUCGAAAACUUAGACCUAAGAUAAUAAUGAAACUUAAACGAUUCACUGAUUGAAUUAUUUUUCAGAACUUUAUUGGAUUUAACCGAGUAAUAAAAUUAUCUCCAUUGUUCCUAAAAUUUUUGUAUCAAUUGCGUCAGUUUUUCGUGAAGUUCUUAGUGAAUUAAAGGACUAUUUAAAAAUACUGGCUCAAUCUAGUCAUAAGUAUGAAUUAGCUCUUUGAAGUCAAAUAUUAUAAAAAUAAUAAUGUCUUAGUAAUUUCAAAUAUAGGAAUUAGGAUAAAUUUACUCGUGCGAAAAUAUCGAUCGCGACUACGUAUUAAUUAACGAGAUUGUAUUAGAUAUCGUUUAUAUACAUUUAUUUGAAUCAAGGACCGCAACUCAAUUCUGGUGACUUCGCAUUUAUUUAUAUUAUUACUGCACAAAUUGUACUUAGAAAAUGGUGACUGAUGUGAUUUCCUGUGUUGCUAAUGAUCUAGAAUAUCUAAAUGUGUAGUGAAAACGAAAAUAAUAAUUCGUCGAACGUGAUCUCAUUUCAUGCAAGAACACCCGACUUAUUCUUUCAUGUUCUUUUAAGCAGUAUUUAUUUACCAGAAAUCGAAGUGAUCGAGAUUCUUAUGAGAUGCCAUCAAUAUUAUAUUACAUUCCAUAAUUAUUUCUGUGUGAGAUUUGUAUGGUUUAGACUUGCUUUAUAGUUUAAUUAGGCGACAAGAUUAUGAUUUGUCUAAAUCCAAAUCUGUAUAUCCAAGUGUGUGUUUGGUUCCGUAGUUUACAUAUAAUUUUAAUGUAAAUAAUAGUGUUGAAUUCGAAUUGGAGACUGUGGUGAGCUUGGAGAGUUUUGUGCGACUGAAUGUGCCCUGUACAUUUAGAAUAUUUAUUUCAGUUAAGAUUUAACAAUAAAUGUAAGUAGUCCAUUAACGAUUGCCAAAAUUGAUCAGUACUUUUUUUUGUUUAAAUGUUGUUGUUUUUUAUACUUUACAUUUUCCUUAAAUUAUUUUUAUAUUUAUUUCGGGACCAAAUUAAUUUAUUACAAACUUUAUUAAUUUAUGUAUUUGGAUGUGUGUUCAGAAGAAAGAUUUUUAUUUACGAUUUAAUUAAUUUAAUAAACAAACCAAAGUCUUCGA